AGAAAGGCUUACUGCAAGAGGCCCCAGGGCAUUAUCAUUUCCUUCUUUCACUCAGUCUAGAUUGCUGGCAAAUCCCAAGGACCCUCUGGGACUGGGGCCUGGGUCCACGGGUCCCUCCGGCAGCUUGAGAGAUGAAGAAUUCCUGCAUCACCCUAAUGAGGCUGCUGUUGUCUGGGCCCUUUCUCUUCGCCCCUGCCUCAAGCUACAACCUGGACGUGUUGCAUGCGCAAAACUUCUCCUCCCAAGACGCCGGGAGGCAUUUUGGGUACCGUGUCCUGCAGGUUGGAAACGGGGUUGUUGUAGGAGCUCCAGGUGAGGGGAACAACGUGGGAAAUCUCUACCAGUGCCAGCCAGACACUGGACACUGCCUACCAGUCAGCCUGAGUGGUUCCAACUAUACUUCCAAGUACUUGGGAAUGACCUUGGCGACAGACCCCAUAAGUGGAAGCCUUUUGGCCUGUGACCCUGGGCUGUCUCGGGCAUGUGACCAGAAUAUCUAUCUAAGUGGCCAGUGUUACCUCUUCCACCAGAAUCUGGGGAGCCCUGUGCAUCAAGGACGCCCUGGUUAUCAGGAAUGUAUAAAGGGCAACGUAGACCUGGUGUUUCUGUUUGAUGGCUCAAGGAGCAUGCAGCCAGAUGAAUUUCAGAAAAUUGUGGACUUCAUGAAGGAUGUGAUGAAGAAACUCAGCAACACGUCCUACCAGUUUGCUGCUGUUCAGUUUUCCACAACCUACAAAACAGAAUUUAAUUUCUUGGAUUAUGUUGGGCAGAAGGACCCUGAUACCCUGCUGGCCAAAGUAAAACACAUGGCGCAGUUGACCAACACCUUUGGUGCUAUCAACUAUGUCGCGACAAAGGUGUUUCAGCAGAAGCUGGGGGCCCGGCCAGAUGCCACCAAAGUGCUCAUCAUCAUCACAGACGGGGAAGCCACUGACAAAGGCAGCAUUGAUGUAGCCAAAGACAUCAUCCGCUACAUCAUUGGGAUUGGGAAGCAUUUUCAGAAACAGGAAAGUCAGGAGACACUCCACGAAUUUGCCUCGAAACCCACGAAGGAGUUUGUAAAGAUUUUGGACACGUUCGAGAAGCUUAAAGGUCUAUUCACUGAGCUGCAAAAGAAGAUCUAUGUCAUUGAGGGCACAAGCAAACAGGAUCUGACAUCCUUCAACAUGGAGCUGUCCUCCAGCGGGAUCAGCGCUGACCUCAACCACAACCGUGGAGUUGUGGGGGCAGUUGGAGCCAAGGACUGGACUGGGGGCUUUCUAGACCUGAAGGCAGACCUGCAGGAAGACAUAUUUGUUGGGAAGGAGCCACUGACACAGGAAGCAAGAACAGGAUACUUGGGUUACACGGUGACCUGGCUGCCCUCCCGGAGACACACAUCACUGCUGGCAGCUGGAGCCCCCCGGUACCAGCACACGGGGCAGGUGCUGCUGUUCCAAGCGCCAAAUGGCGGAGGACGCUGGAGCCAGUUCCAGAAAAUAGACGGGGCCCAGAUCGGCUCUUAUUUUGGUGGGGAGCUUUGUGGCAUCGACAUGGACCAAGAUGGGGAGACGGAGCUGUUGCUUAUUGGAGCCCCCCUGUUCUAUGGGGAGCAGAGAGGAGGCCGGGUGUUUGUCUACCAUAGAAAACAGGUGGGGUUUGAAGAGGUCUCAGAACUUCAGGGGGAUCCUGGGUACCCCCUUGGGCGGUUUGGAGCAGCCAUCACUGCCCUGACGGACAUCAAUGGGGAUAGGCUGAUGGACGUGGCUGUGGGAGCCCCACUGGAGGACCAGGGGGCUCUGUACAUCUUCAAUGGGCGGCGUGGUGGGCUCAGCUCCCGACCUAGCCAGCGGAUAAAAGGGAACCAGGUGUUCUCAGGAAUUCGGUGGUUUGGACGCUCCAUCCACGGGGUGAAGGACCUUGGAGGUGAUGGCUUGACAGAUGUGGCUGUAGGGGCUGAGGGUCAGGUGAUCAUACUGAGCUCCCGGCCUGUGGUGGAUAUCAUCACCAGGAUGGCUUUCUCCCCGGCUGAGAUCCCAGUGCAUGAAGUGGACUGCUCCUACUCAGCCAGUAACAGGAAGAAGGAAGGGGUGAACAUCACCAUCUGCUUCCAAGUCAAGCCUCUUCUUCCCCAGUUCCAAAGGCCCCUGGUUGCCAAUCUCACCUAUACCCUGCAGCUGGACGGCCAUCGGACCAGAAGCCGGGGGCUGUUCCCGGGAGGAAAACAUGAGCUCAGCGGGAACACAGCUGUCACCUCCAGGGAGUCCUGCUCUGAGUUCUGGUUUCACUUCCCAGUAUGCAUUCAAGACCUCAUCUCUCCCGUCAAUGUCUCCCUAAAUUUCUCUCUUUGGGAGGAAGAAGGGACACCGAGGGACCACAGGGUGCAGGGCAAGGACGUACAGCCCAUCCUGAGACCCAUACCACACUCGGAGACUAAGGAGAUCCCUUUUGAGAAGAAUUGCGGUGAGGACAAGAAAUGCGAGGCCAACCUGGAGCUGUUCCCCUCCGAAAGAUCCACAGUCCUGCGUCUGAUCUCCUCAGCCAGCCUCUCUGUGGAGCUGACACUGAGUAAUGUGGCAGAAGACGCCUAUUGGGUCCAUCUGGGCCUGAGCUACCCCCAGGGACUCUCCUUCCGCAAAGUGGAGAUGCUCAAGCCCCACAGCCAGAUGCCUGUGAGCUGCGAAGAGCUUCCUAAAGAGUCCAGACUUCUUACCAGUGCCCUUUCUUGCAAUGUGAGCUCUCCGAUCUUUAAAGCAGGCAGCUCGGUGGUUAUCCAGGUGAUGUUUCAUACGCUGCUGAACAGCUCCUGGGGAGACUUUGUCGAGCUGCAGGCCAACGUGAGCUGUGACAAUGAGGACUCAGGCCUCCUGGAUAACAACAUGGCCAUCACCAGAAUCCCAGUCCUGUACCCCAUCAAUAUCCUCAUCGAGGACCAGGGAAACUCCACGCUCUACAUCAAUUUCAAGCCUAAAGGUCCCAAGAUUCAGCAUGUCAAGCACAUCUACCAGGUGAGGAUUACACCUUCUAUUCAUGACCACGAUCUGCCCGCCCUGGAGGCCUUGGUUGCGGUGCCACAGUGUCACAGCAAGGGGCCCCUCACAUGCAAUUGGAGCGUGGAGAUGGAGCCCCCUGUCACCUGCCAUCCUGAGGUACUGAAGAGGUUGCCCAGUGCUGCUGAGCCCUGCCUCCCUGGAGCUGAGUUCCGCUGCCCUGUUGUCUUCAAAGAGGAGUCCCUCAUCCAAGUAAAUGGAAUAGUCGAGCUCACGGGAGAGAUUGAGGGUCCCUCCAUGUUCAGCCUCUGCAGCUCCCUCUCCAUCUCCUUCAACAGCAGCAAGCAUUUCCACCUCUACGGCAGCAAUGCCUCCCUGGCCCAGGUCGUCAUGAAAGUUGAUGUUGUAUAUGAGAAGGAGAUGCUCCAAGUCUAUGCGCUGAGUGGCAUCGGGGGGCUUCUAUUGCUGCUGCUGAUUUUCGUGGUGCUAUACAAGAUUGGCUUCUUCAAACGGAACCUGAAGGAAAAGAUGGAGGCUGAUGCAGGUGCCCGAAAUGGAAUUCCUGGAGAAGGCUCUGAGAAGCCAGAGUCUGGGGAAGAGGCAGCGGAUGUGGGCUGCCUGGAGCCCCUCCAAGGGGAGGAGGGCCAGAAUGGAGAGGCAGACUGAGGCCCAGGCCUAAUGCACAGAGGAUCCGGGGCUGGACUCUAGAUGCCUGGGGCUGGUCUACCUUGACCUGCAUUUCAUCGUGUGUCCUCAGGCAAGUCAUUGCCCCUCCGUAGGUCUCAGUGUCCCUAUCUCAAACAUGGAGCUCAUUCCCGCCUGCCUCCUUUGAAGGCUCAUGAUGAGGAUAGGCUGAGGGACAGGCCAGGAAGGCUACAGAGGUGAGGCCUUGUAACUGUCCAAUCAUCUUGGCUUCCACAGCCACUUCUGGUCUCCUUUCCAGGAGAAAUGUGUGAUUUAAAUUUGGAGAAACUGUAAUCUCAGGACCUGGUGACACUUCUGGCCCUCCAUUCACCUGACCUUGGCUGUCCACAGAUGCCUCAGACUCCUACACUGAACUCUCCUGCACUGUCUCCUGCCUGGAGUCCAAUCAGCUUUCCAUUCUUCUGCUAGAGAGUGAAAUCUGAUCUGUGUCACUACGUUGCUGUGGCCAGCCUCUUGCUGUUUGGCGAAAGCCUACGUUCCUUAAUAUGCCUUCCAAGGCCUUGCAAAGGUGGGCUCCUGUUUCCCUCCACAGCGUCCUCUGGAGAUACCCCUCCUCCCUUUCUAAGCUCCAGCUCCACUAGCCCUUCUCAAGUGCUAAGCUCCCUCCUGUCUCACUCCCACAUUGCUCCCUCUGUCUGGAGCACACCCCCCACCCCCCACUUUUCCUGGCAAGCCCUCACCGUCCAGAUCUCAGCUCCUGCAUCGCUUCCUUCCACCCCAACUUCCUUGGGUUCUCAUAUUAUACACUCUUUUAAUGGCCUCCACUUGUCCUUCAUCACAUGCAUCAUAUUCGAAUUAACUGUUAGAUGAUUUACUUACUUCUGGCUGUCAAAAUGAACUCCAUGAGGGUAGGGACCUUGUUCUUGUUCACCUUGGGAUUCCUGGUCUUGUCACAGGGCCAAGCACACAGUAGGUGCUUGACACAAUUCCAUUGAAUUAAUGAGGGAGCCUGUGGGCAGAUGUAGAAAAAAAUUUGAAUGGACUUAUGGCAAUGCAUCCUUCAAGGCUCAGCCUUCCUCACCUUCCUCACACCCCUGGCUCCACAGCCUCUUCCGGGACUCCAUCACGCCAUGCACAGUGGCCCCCGUGAGACUAUGGACUCAAGGGUGGGGACAUGCCUGUUUGCCUGGAUCCCCAGCACCAAGCACAGUGCCUGCAUAUAUUUUACCCAAUAAAUGUGACAUUCUCUCCAA